AUGGGCUACGCAACAUUCUAUUACAUCAGCAAGCUGAACAUAGUAGGCUUCAUUCCGACGCUUUUGUACUUCAGCUACAGCUUUCUGAUGGCUUUGGCAUUCUGGGUUCUCACCGGUACCAUUGGCUUCUAUGCCGCAUACUCAUUCGUUUGCAAGAUCUAUGCUGCCGUGAAGAUUGACUAG